AUGGCAUUGAGCCUGGGGAAUCGGCUCCCUUCGCUUCAGCCGUACAAGGCCCCAGAUGCAGGGUACUUGGGCUUGGAGUUGGGGCAAGAAGUGACGAUCGAGUACAUAGGAUGCAAAGAAGAGUCCGAUUGGUUAUAUGGAAGCGCAGCUGGAGAAAGUGGGUGGUUCCCGAAGUAUUGUGUGUUGAAUGCGCCGCGAUCGCCACCGCCUCCCCUGCCCCCGCCGCCACCUCCAGUGCCUUCAGUUCCUGAAGAGGCUCUCCAAGCAGUCAUGAUGGCUCUGGCUGCCCUGGAUGAUGCGGAUUUCGAGAUCGUCAUCCACAAGGAGCUAAGUCGGAGGCCUCAUCUUCAAGUGAAGAUGGUAUUGAUGAAUGAUGGAGAUUCUGUCGGAUCUUGUUUGUCAAGUCCCGAAAUCAUCCCGGACACGAUCAAGGCAAUCCGGAAGAAUGGUCUGACUGCGCUGCCGCCUCCUGCAGACUUGCAGGAGCCAAAGAAACUGCAGAGAAGAGAGUCGUCAGAGACCUGGGAGAAGCCGGAGAAGCGGGAAAGGCCGGAUCCUUUGGAAGCACCAGGCACUGCCAAUCCAUCCGUCAAGCGCACCUUCUGCAAAUUCUGGCAGGAAAACAAAUGCACCAAGGGAGAUGCCUGCACCUUCGCUCAUGGCGAUCAUGAGAUAGGCCAGCCGAUCCACAACGACAGCUGGGCACCUACAGGGAAAGGGCAAGGCAACGAUCAAACUGUUUCCAGGAAGAAAAUCAUCUGCAAGUUUUGGCAAGAUGGCAAGUGCUCAAAGGGCCCGGGAUGCACCUUUGCUCAUGGAGAGCAAGAACUGGGCCAGCCGAUCAACACGGAGAUGGCCCGAUUGUUCGCUUCAGCUUCGCGCCGAUCUGACCUCAGCAGCUGUUUGCGGUUGACUCCUUGCAAGUUCUGGCAGGUAGGAGGGAAAAACACCUGUGUCAGCGACUUCAUCAUCUCCAGCUGUGAACUUUCUGCUGAUUCACUGGGCGCGGCCUCGAGACGCCUGCGUAUCUUCGCCAAUCUGACGACUGAUCUGGUUCCGGAGGUUGAUCAAAAGCCCGCGGUGAUCCUGCCCCUGGGCAAAGGCGCCGUGCAGGCAGUCUUGGUCGGUGAUCAAUGUCAGCUCCCCGCUACAGUCUUGUCCCAGGAGGCUCAGAAGGGCGGUUUGGAUAUUUCCAUGUUUGACCGCCUGCUGUCCAUGGGCAUGGAGGCACAUCGAUGGCAGAGCACUCUUGGCUCAGAUGCAUGGGUGGUCAGAGUCAGAGAAGACAGCGAGUUCGGGACAUGCCUUGCAUUUGCCUUCUUUUCCUUCCCGAUGGCAUACUUGGCAGCUCAAUCGGCUCCUCCCGAAAUCUUUUACAAUGAUGAGGAGUCUGCCAGGUAUGCAACCAGCAGCCGGAUGAUCGAAAUCCAGACAAGGAUGACCGAACGUGCAUUGCAGCUGCUGCUGCUACCAGACAGACCCUGUCUACUCCUGGAUAUCGGAUGCGGCUCGGGAAUCAGUGGCGAGACCAUCAGUGAGGCUGGCCACAUUUGGAUCGGCUAUGACAUCUCGCCUUCAAUGCUAAGGAUUGCUCAUCAACGAGAGGUUGAUGGGGAUCUAUGCUUAGCCGACGCAGGACAAGGCAUGAGGUUCCGGCCGGGAAGCUUUGAUGGUGCCGUGUCCAUCUCUGCGUUGCAGUGGCUUUGCAAUGUAGACAAAAAGGGGCACGAGCCCUUCAAGCGCCUCCGACGCUUUUUCGAGCUGCUCUACAGCUGCCUUCGCAAAGGCGCACGGGCUGCCCUGCAGUUCUACCCCGAGACCGCUACGCAGGUCGAAAUGAUCACCGCGGCAGCGUUGCGCUGUGGCUUUGGAGGAGGCUUAGUCGUGGAUUAUCCUCACUCUUCGAAAGCCAAGAAGCACUUCCUGGUCAUCUAUGCUGGGCUAUCUGGCGAGCAGCCAGCCAACAUGCCACAGCCCAUGGAGGACGAUGACGAGCAGGUCGCAGUGAGCAAGCGUGAACGGGAGUCCAAGAAGAAGGGCAAAAAUCAGGACACCUACAAAGACAAGGUUCUCAAGAAAAAAGAACACCAAAGAAAGAAGGGCUUUGGUGUGCGCAAGGAUACAAAAUACACGGCCCGACCGAGAAAGUCUGGAGCUUUCUGA